AUGUACGAUCUACAUGAAAAGUUUCCGAAACUGUCGUUUGGGGGAGGGGCAGGCAAGACGGUGGGCGGGCGGGCAGGCGGCCGAGUGAGGCGAGCAAGUGGAGAAGUAGGCGAGUGGGCGGGCGAGUCAGUAGGAAGAGGAGUGAAGGGGCCGGUGGGCGGACGAGCGAGUAGAGGGGAAGUGGGCGGGCGAGCCGGCCACAUGUCGCAGGCAGGCCACCGCAACUCGGGCAACGCCGCCCACGCGGCUCCUCGCAGCGGUCGCGCAUCUGCAAUAAGACUUUCACCAUGUGCUAAAGGAAAGUUCAAGGUAUGUAUGCCGGAUUAUACUGGUAUUCAACCGUUUGCAGUUGUAAUGCAAUUUACGUGCAGCGCAGUCGUGGCCAAGCGGUACGAGCAGCGCCUCAACCUCCACAUGCAACUUCGGCACUGGCACGGCAACGACCCCUCGCCGCCCUCGCCGCCCUCGCCGCCUUCGCCGCAGUCGCCAGCCACUUCGACCGCCGUCGCUCCCUCGGAAGCAACGUCGCUCUCCGACAACGACCACGCCACCGACAACCCGCCGAUCGCCGUUUCGCAUGACCCCGCCGACGGCGCCGGCAGCUCCACAGCCGAAGCGCCCGAUCAAGAUGGCGGCGGCAACGAAGUGAUUGCACGUUCGUCGCGAGCACGCAAUUUGCAAACGCAGUGCCGUACGGCAUCUAGAAGGAAUCUAAGAAUAAAGAACUGGCACAAAUCAUGUUCAAAGAAAAGGCGUGCCAAUGCCGUCAAAGGAAAAUCCGAUAACAGAGUCCCGGCGACUCCAAACAAAAUCAUUAAAAUUAAUUUGAGAACAAACGAGAAGUCGACGAGUUCUGGUGCUUCUCGGCUCUCAAAUAAAACGAAUAUUAAUAGGGAGAGGAAAGGAAAAUAA